UGAUGUCAUAGUCAUAAGAAUGCUUCGCCCAGUUUCUUGAGCUACUAUGCCUCACCAUAUCCUUCGUAUAAAGUAGCUCUUCGAACGUGGGAUUAGAUGGCAACCAUCAUCGAAUAAACCACUGGCUCAACCCUUGAACCCCUUGACCACUCCAGCCCACCGACCGUUUGCACUCCAAUAGGCAUGGUCGAACUUUGGGAAAGAUUUCAAGUGGAGUGGAACAAGAUCCCUUCCUUCUGUCUACCAAGGCUUGAUUGAGAAUGUCAAGUGGGGCCACAUUAGGCACUAAGCAGGCCAUGAGUAAACAUCUUAUCGUAGUUGAGCCAAAAAAAAAAAAAAUUCCAUGGAAGAAAGAGCCAACAGAGACAAGUGACAUCUCCGUCAGCUGAAAUCCUCCAUCCUUUGAAUUGCCAUCACCAUGACACAACAUCUAUACCAACAAUUCCGGCAGGCAGACAUCAUUCGAGAGGUCUCUGUCAGGACCACCAAUAUUCCUGGAACCAAUGGCACUUCGUCGUGCUUUGUGAGUCUGGAAGACAUUCAGGACGCGUUUACGAAUGCACAGCACUUCGCGUUGAAUGGCCAAAGAAAAGGACGACAAGAUGCAGGCUCUGCAGCUAGGGCUAAAGAGAAGGACGACAAGAUGCUCCAGCUGCAAGAGCAGGCGCUCGACCGACUCGCAGUCAUUCAUGGACGAGUCGCGGCGCUUCUUACACAGACAUACGAACUGCACGAGUAUCCGAUUCCACGACUAUUCACCAUCCUACCCAAUAAGACCUCCAGCUGGGACCCCACCAACAUCCUCAGCAACCAGUUCCGACUCCAUUUUCUCUGUGAAUGUGGCGAGCACACCAAGGUGUUCGAUGGCGAGCACACCAAGGUGUUCGAUGGCGAGCACACCAAGAUUCCACAUCACAUUCACCUUGCCAAACAUGAGGGAUACGACCUUCAGAGACCCAAGGAGUUCUUCCAAAAGUAUGGCAGGUACAUGCUGACUGUACUAGAGAUGAUCAAGUACGGGGGCUUCGCCAUUCCCGCGCUGGCUGCCAUCAGUGCCCCUGGAGCUAUUGACAUGUUCAAGGACUCAUUGGACACCAUCUCACAGUCAGAUAUCAACCAGUCUAUCGAGUAUCUACAAGGACUCGCGAACAACGAUUCAAAACAUCAGGACUCGGCCAAGGGCGUUGAGGCGGAUUCAUUCACUGGACUGGACGCUUUGGAGGGUGCAGACCUUCGUCACUUGGAAGCGUUUAUCAAGGACAAGGACAAGCAUCGAGUGCUAGGAAGCCUCCACCGAAUUGUCACACAGGAGGGCCAUGUCAAAUGGGUCUGCAUCGACCAUUAUCGUUUGACUUACAAAAAAAAAGAGCAACAGGCAUUUGCAAAUGCAGUCCAGGUGAAUGGUGGCACUUAUGAGCCGCAACUUGGUCGAGCAGUAGUCAAGCUGGGGUUCAAAAUCAGAGCUGAAGAAUUCUUCGAUGCCUUAGCCAAAGCACGACGUGUUGACGACCUGGAUAUCACGUUCGACUGGGAGUGCACCAGGAGUGAUCUUGAAGCAUUAAAGGAUGCACUUAAGAAAUCAAGAGUAUUGAUUCUUCGACUUGAUCUCUAUCGAUUUCGAACAAGCCUCGGCACCAGACUAUUAUCGGCAUCCGCGCGAUACGAAGCACUUUCUCGCAUCAUAGAACUCCCUACUAUGAAAAUGAUUCAUAUUGUCCUUCCAAAGGAGCUCGUCAAGCUUUCUAGUUUUCAACCCAAAAGACCAUCUCAUCUUCGCCAGUUAUCCUUCGAGAUGGUAGCUAGAUCGAUUGGAGGAAAGGAAUUUGGAAUACUAGCAGAGACGCUCAAGACCAACUCGAUUCUGACCACUUUGGACUUGGCGGGUAACUCGAUCGAAUCCAACGGAGCCCAGGCACUGUCUGAGGCACUCAAGACCAACUCGACUCUGACCAUCUUGUACUUGGAUGGCAACUGGAUCGAAGACAGUGGAGCUCAAGCGCUGUUCAAGUGUCCAAGACCGCAAGAUGUGACAUAAUAAUAUAAUAACAGAGUUUAGUUUAGGGAUUUUGAUGGACUUAACAUGCAAAAAAAUAUCGAAUGGUUGAGCAGGCAAUGGUUCUCGAAGUUACCAUCUGUCGGAUUAUGGCUGAACGCCUCUGGGUCAGAAUCCGCGCUAGAACGCAACGAUUACCGCCUUUUCCGAUUUUUAAUUGAAUACGAAUAGAUCUUCGGAUCCUAAAUCAUAUUACGUG